UAAGCAGUGAAGAGUGUGAAGCAGACUCUUAUCGGUUUGUUCCUUACCUUUCGAGCUCGAUAGCCAUGGAGGUUGUUUCGCAGCCUCUUUGCACCAUUCUAACCGCCACGCGCAAACGCUCUCUUCUCAUUCCAAAACAAAUUCCUAAUCCUUCUAAACACUUCUCCUUCUUAUCUUUUCGCUCCACCACUCUCUCUUCUUCUUCGCGUGUUUCUCCACCGUCUCCAGUUCUGUUCGCCGCGCCGGAGAACCAGUUGAGUGUCGGUGAAGGAGAGAACACCGAUGCAAGUGAAUGGGCUCUGCAAGAUUUUUACUCCCUGAGGAGGGAUGUUGAAACUAUGUUGCAACGUGUUGAAGAGAUUAGAGAGUCUUCUGGUCUACAACUAUUGGAGCAAGAACUUGCCAAUUUGGAGGAGCAAGCAGCAGAUAGCUCUUUCUGGGACAAUCGGGCGACAGCUCAAAAGACUCUUUCGACAUUGGCUGAUGUGAAAGAGAAGAUAAAAUUACUCAAUGAUUUUAAAACACAGGUUGAGGAUGCAGAAACAAUAGUUAAGCUGACUGAGGAAAUGGAAUCCAUUGAUAGAGGACUUUUUGAUGAGGCCGCCAAUCUUAUUAAAGAACUGAAUAAAUCACUAGAUCGAUAUGAGCUGACUCAACUUCUCUCUGGUCCUUAUGAUAAAGAAGGUGCUGUUAUCUCUAUUACAGCAGGUGCUGGUGGUACUGAUGCCCAGGAUUGGGCAGACAUGCUUCUUAGGAUGUACAUGAGAUGGGGUGAGAAACAAAGAUACAAGACCAGAGUGAUUGAGAAAUCCCCCGGAGAAGAAGCUGGAAUAAAAUCGGCCACUGUUGAAGUUGAAGGUCGUUAUGCAUAUGGGUAUUUGUCUGGGGAGAAAGGAACGCAUCGCAUUGUUCGUCAAUCACCUUUUAACGCCAAAGGGCUUCGUCAGACAAGCUUUUCUGGUGUUGAGGUGAUGCCUCUUCUUCCAGAGGAAUCUAUGGAUGUUGAAAUUCCCGAGGAGGACCUCGAUAUUAGUUUUUCAAGAGCAGGUGGAAAGGGAGGUCAGAAUGUCAACAAGGUUGAAACUGCAGUUCGGAUUACACACAUUCCAACUGGUGUCACUGUUCGCUGCACAGAGGAGAGAUCACAACUGGCGAAUAAGAUCAGAGCUUUAAGCCGUUUGAAAGCCAAGUUGUUGGUUAUAGCUGAAGAGCAGCGCGCAUCAGAGAUUAAGCAGAUUCGAGGGGACGCAGUCAAGGCUGAAUGGGGACAACAAAUACGGAACUAUGUAUUCCAUCCAUACAAGCUAGUUAAAGAUGUAAGAACAGGGCAUGAAACCACAGAUGUCAUCUCUGUAAUGGAUGGGGAGUUGGAUCCCUUCAUCAAAUCAUACCUCAAAUACAAGUUAAACAUGUCACUGUCCUCAACUGGGGUUAACUGAUAUACCUCCCUUGUAGACAUGGAUUACGGUUUGGUUGUUGUAUUAGUUGCUCUCUGUUGUCAAUUCCAAUGCAAAAUUAAGUUUAUAUAAUAAGUUGUUUUGCAAGUCUUUUCCAUUGAUAAUUUUAAUUAUUGUUUUUGACGGCAUUAAUUAUUAAUAUUAUCUUAACUUGGCGUUGUAUAUUAAUGCAA